GGCGUGGAGCUUUUGCUUGGCGGCGGGUUAGGUUCUUGCACUUUGUGUAUUUUAUACUUGUGGACAUUGCGGUUGUGUACAAAGAGUGCUUAGCGACAUGAGUCACAGUUGGGAGACCUCUUAGCGACACUUUGCACGUUGCUGCGACCUUCCUGGUUUUCCUACAUGGAUAUUUAGCCCAGUGUGAGACUUUCGAAGGCGGCAUGCCGUUCCCGUCGGCGGCGUCCACCUUCAGCCUGGGCUCGGGUGGCGGCCCCAGCCUUUACGAGUUCCUGCUGGAGGCCGAGCUCUCGUCCUACUACGACGCGCUACGCAACGACCUCAAGGUGGUCUCGGUCGGACAGCUCAAGUACGUCGAGGAAGACGACCUCCUGCACCUGGGCAUGAGCCGGCCGGAGCAGCGGCGCCUGCGAAAGUACUUCCACAAGUACUUCCCCCAGACGUACCUGCGAAAGAUCAAGCAGAUGAUUCUCCCCAAGGCCAAGGAUGACAUGGAUCAGUCGUCAGUGCUGUUGCUUGACACUAGCACAGACAAGGGUUCCUCGUCGUCGCAGGUUCGUGUUCCCAGCAAGCACAUCAUUCCUGCAGACAGCAUUGUCAUCAACAAAGAGCUGGGCAUUGGCGAGUUUGGUGUUGUCCAGCAAGGGGUCUGGACCAAUGAAGAGGGAGACAGGAUCCAGGUUGCCAUCAAGUGCCUGAGCAAGGAUCAGAUGCAAAACAACCCUAUGGAGUUCCUGAAAGAAGCUGUUAUCAUGCAUACCAUCGACCAUGAGCACAUUGUCCGGCUCUAUGGAGUCGUUUUGGACAGCGUUUCUCUCAUGCUGGUGACCGAGUUGGCACCUCUGCGGUCGCUGCUGGAGUGCCUGAAGGAGGCUGCCCUGCGACCCAGCUUCCCCGUGAUGGCACUGUGUGACUUCGCCAUGCAGAUCUGUGAUGGCAUGCAGUACCUGGAGAGCAAGCGCCUCAUCCACAGGGACCUGGCCGCAAGGAACAUCUUAGUCUUUGCCAAGAAUAAGGUAAAGAUCAGCGACUUUGGCCUCUCUCGAGCACUUGGCGUAGGCAAAGAUUACUACCAGACGAACUUCAAUGUUAAUCUCAAGCUCCCAAUUGCGUGGUGUGCUCCUGAGUGUAUUAACUUCCUGCGAUUCACAUCAGCAUCAGAUGUGUGGGCUUUUGGUGUAACACUGUGGGAAAUGUUCAGCUAUGGAUUUCAGCCCUGGGCUGCAUUGACUGGUCAACAGAUAUUGGAAGCGAUCGAUGAGCCCAACCUGCAGAGAUUGGAGCAGCCUGACUGCUGCCCGAAGGACUACUACACGCUCAUGCUUAAAUGCUGGCAGCACGACCCAAACAAGCGGCCAAAGUUUUCUGAAAUACUUCAAACAUUGCCCGAUUGCAAGCCAGAGCAAGUGCAGGCUAUUGCAGACUGCCCAGACACCUCGAUGGGAGGCUCACUCAAGCUCAAAAAAGAUGCCUUGCACUACCGCACAGGCGAUGUCAUCACAGUGCUGGACAAAAGGCCUGAUGCAUGGUCAUUGUGGAAAGGUGUCACAGCUUCAGGAAAGACUGGUUUCUUCAAUCCGGCUGCUACAAUUGCAUAUCUGGGCCACAAUCUGCCUUCAAGUCGAGCCAGUGGCAGCUUCACUCGGUGGGAUCCUCGUUCGGGCGCUGGUACGGCCUACGCCAGUGGUCGUAGAAGUCGACUGCGGCCAGAAAUGAUUUCAGGCCCUCAGGGUGACUUGAAGCAUACUGGCCAUGUAGGCCUUGAUGGAGCAUUUUUUGGAGACGUAGCUUUCCUUGGUGAUAAGUAUGGGCAGCUUCCGAAGCAAGUUGUGAAUCCUUAUAAGCCUCAAGAAGACAAGGACUCCUCAGACUCUUCCGAUAUGACACCUCUCCUAAACGGCUCGAGCUCUACUGUUGAUGGCAAAAGCGGUCCUGCAUUGGAAACUUGGUCUGAUACUAGUAGUGAGAAAGAUCUGGCAAAGGAGUAUAUUCUUGAAAAAGAAAUCUGUGCCAAGCCACUGGAUCUGAAGCUUUCUAAUCCACUUGAUGUGAAAAGCAUGUCAGGAAAAGAUGGCCAGAAACCUGAUCAUGAAUAUCAUGAAAUAAGUGAUGAGGAACAAAUGGAUGCUACUGAGAGUCCGAAGUUUGAGACUCUGGACUUGGGCCCCUCGUUGAUGGAUGAAGUGUUUCGAGCCCUCGAGACAACUCAACUCAACUUUGACUUGGACAAAGUGCCUAAAGGGGACUGUUUUGCUAAAAGUGAGCCUCCAAAGGAAACGCCCAAACCUUCCUCUGCAAGCGGCACCAUUAAGAAGAAGCAGCUUGCAACAGUCAAACCCAUUUCGGCUGCUGAGGAACAGACGCUUGAAACAGCUAUUGCAAUAGCUAAGGAAGCUGCCGCACAGAGUAUGCAGGAGAUGGAUGGUCGUUCCGAGUCUGAUGCCACACAGGACAGCCCACGCACCCCCAGUUCACCGAACAAACGAAAGUUUUCCUUCAAAUUCAAAUCAAGCCCCAAAUUGGGAAGGCGCACUUUCUCAGAGGAAGCAGAGGCGAUUCCCGACAUCCAGGACUCUCUCACAGAUGAGGCCAAGGAAGCAUACAAUAGUCUGGUCGACAAGGGACCAGAAAAACUAGUGCUAGUCGAGCCAGCAGUGGCACCAGCAUCCAUGACGGUGGCAAGCAUUGAAGCCCUGGAUGCUGACAUGAACCCACUGAGACGAAUUAGAAGUGGCAUCCAAAUUCAGCCUCGCGUCAGAGGCAACCGUCACGGCAUCCCUAGCAGCUGCAGGCCCACCACACCACACACGGCUGCGCUUGCACGCUUGGCUGCCAAUGCAGUCAGCACAGGUGGUGCACCAAGGAAUGGGCUUGGAGCUCCACCACCGCCACCACCCUUGCAGCAGCAGGCAGAGGCCGAAGCAAAUCCUCUGCCUUUGCCGCCGAGAGACCGUACCAGGCCUGCACAAGUGCUCAAGCAUCACCAACGGAAGCACCCACUGCUGCUGCUUCCUGGUAGCGUUGCCGCAGAGACGGCGUGUAAGGACUCUGGCAGUGAGUCGCCUCCUUCGUCAGUGAGGCAGGCUUCUGUAAAUGACCGGAUAGCGGCUGUUGAAGCAAGGACAAGCAGGAGUGAGGCUGAGCCACACUUUCCUCCAGCAAAGCCUGUGCGAACAUGCAGUAACCCAGAUGACUCAUUUGAGAACCAGAUUCAAGAAGAAAUUGACAGCUUAGACCAUCUCGCAACUGAUGCUCCAUCGCCACCGACCAUCUACAAGAACAGUGACCAUGUCAGUUGUGAAGAUCUCCUCGAGUUUGCCAUGGACAGGCCCAAUGCAAAAAGGACUCAAGGCCCUGCGCGAGGAGUUGAUUCUGAUGAGGUUCGAAUCAUGCAGAAAGUUCUUGCAAAAGAGUGUGUUGGAGCUGAGGAGUGUCUUGUGGCCCUAAACGAAGUGGACUGGGACGUGCACAAAGGAAUCAAGUGGCUGCGGCUUCAGCAGCAGCUACGGCAGCGGCAUGGAUUGGCUUUUCCAGCUGACGCAUGCUCACACGCCCUGGAGCAGAGUGGAUGGAAUAUUUUGCAGGCCACCGAUCUCCUCAGAGCCACACAGGCCUUGGAUGACACCACUGAAGUCUAAUACCUGGCACUUGGUGCUAUGAAAGGAGUGUGCAGCUGUACAAAUGUUUCACAGCUGCUGCACAAACCUCAAAUGAUGAGUGUCAUCAGUGCGGCACACUCCAUUGUUCACUAUUACACACACAAUAACUGCUCGAUCCUGCUGCGAGAUUGACUGUGCCGAAGAAUUAUGCCGCACAUGGCUGAGCUCUCGAACAGUGUCGUAUUCAGAACAUUGGCCUCUUAUUUUACUUGUGUGGCUCCAUCUAAGUAAAGUGAAGAAAAACAAAGCACAGCUAAUUAGGCUUGUGUCCUUUUUGCAGCUCGAAAUACAUUUUUGCAAGAGUCCCACAAGAGGCUCCAUCUGACACUGACUAGCAUUUAUACAGUCAGUAUCGCACCAAGUGGCAGUGCUCCUAUUGCCUACACAGCAUGAAGUGUAGUGAAGGCAGGGAAAGAGAACAUACCGUAAUCAAGUGCAGCUUGCCGCAGUAUUCUUAUAUUAAGCAGUACAGUGUGCUGCUGCUCUUUUAUGCUUGUCACAUCUGGGCUACUGCCAGCUUGCUCAUCGAAGUUCGUUGUAUUUGUUAAAGGAGUUUCACACUACAUCUGUAGAGCCAUCCUAAAUUGUUGGUGGCUUGUGCCUUUCUGUGGUGUGCGUGCAGACUCCCUUAAGUAAAGCUUGUGGUCAUGGAUGUUUUGUGAUGCUUACUGCUUCGCUCAUGUUGUUGCUUAAGUGGAAACAAUAAUCAAAAGCAGUCUGUUUGCUUUUUCACAGGCACUAGGCAUUUCUAGGAAAGAAAUGCUAGUUCUAGGAAGGGGCUUGCUCAUUGCAAAUAGGUAAAUUCUACUUAGCAUGAUGGUUUAUGCUGCCACUGAUGUGUACUACCCUUGAAAAUGUAUGUAGUUUGCAGCACAUUUGCAAAUGCAGGCAGAACAAAGUGGGAACUCUGCCUCCACUCCUUUGUUUAUGCCCGACUUGUAACAGGCUGAACUGCAACUAGGGCCAACCAGCAACUCUCCUAUAAAAUCAUUGGGCAGCUACUGUGCCAUGUGAAUACACGCAUCUGUGUUUGCAGUGCAACAUAGGUGCUUACGUGAGAGCUUGCUUAAAUAAAAAUGGAGUAGUACACUGCAGACAGCUUGUUAUUACACUAUAGAAUUGGUUUGUGUUUCAGGCUUACCAUAUAAGCAUCAGUUGCAUGCUACUUGCCGACUGUCUAAAUUGUAAUUCAAAUAGCUGUCACAAUUGCUGUUGCAAGCACUACAAGACUUAGCAGAUGCUGUUUUUUUUUCUACUUUGUUGCAGUGACAUUUACUUUAAUGCAAAUAUAAGGAGUGCAAGUGUUUAGGCCUCUGCACCUAUAAAUGCCAUAAAAACUUGUGGGGAAAUUAUUUUUUCUUAUGCCCUACUGCGCUGCCUGUAUAAGCCGUGUUGUACAGUGCUGUAGGCUUUCUCUUUAACAUUUAUUUUUUUUUUUGUACACCUCAGUGCCUCACAUGGAAGCUAUUUUUUUUUUUAGCCAGGUGCAGUCUGUGUUCACAUUUUCAACAAGGCCAUCCAGGAUUUGGGCCAUAGAUGUCCUUGCAUACACAGUUGAAUUUGUUUCUGCAUGUUAACCGAGAACAUUAGUUGUCAGUAUUGUUAAGUCAGCCACAUUAUCUACUCAUAAUGCAUCUUCUCCACAGCUUUCCUGCGAAGUGUGUGCCAUUUUUGUCAUAGUUAAUUGGUUGUCAUUUCUAAAGUUACCUGUUUUGUUCCUCUUAAUUAAAGGUGUCCCUCAUGUCAGCAGGGUUGCUGGUAAAAGUCUAAAUGUACAAUUUAAUUCACUGUUCAAUAUGACGUGAAACAUGGAAAUGCCACUUUCAUGUCAUGAGCAGGCUUGUUUUGUGCUCUUGAUGGUGAAGCUUUUGAUACUGAUUUUAACCUAGCCUCCUUAGAGCGAUAGGCAGUGCUGCAUUUCUUCUGUUAGUGCUGCCCAGGAAAAGAGCCCAUUGGUGUAAAUAUAUUUAUAAAUAGGCUUUUCUAAGUGUUAGGUUUGCCUUGUACAAGUUUGUAUAUGUUUGAUGCGGGUGUUCUGUGAGCAGCAUUGCUUUGGUGGGCUGCAUGUCAUUACGGAUUUUAAUUGUAGUUGCCUCAUAGCCCGUCCUUGUGCUUGGCUGUGUGCGUGUAGGUAUUAUGUAUAUCGUUCUGGACGCCACAACAGCUACAAUCAUGUGGUUUUGAUAGAAUGACUGGCAGUAAUAAUUGCUGUCUUUUGAAAACCUAUCCUAGGGCCGAGUUCUAGAGGUUCGAAUAUUUUUAUAUGCUGGCAUUUUGCACAGGAACAGCAGCAAACCGAACCUGCAUUCCUGUGUCAUACAUCAACUUCGUUUGGUCGCUGAGGCAAUACAUUGGCAGCUGUAUGUCCACCAUGCCUUCCAUACGAGUGUGUUUCUUGAAUGUGCAAGUUGCCCUUUUAAGAAUGCCAGAAAAGCUGGUGUGUGCAGUUGUAAAAACAUGCUUUCAGCCUGGCAAUGCAUUACUGCUAAUCCUGCAAAAAAUAUUUUGGCUUGCCAAUGUGCUUUCAUCUGGCUUUUAAGAACCUCAAAGCAAUGCGAUUCUCUAUAUCUGUCUUACUUUGCACUUAAAAAUAAAGUUCCCCCAUUCUAUUCUGCAACUUAAUUUAACUAAAAACUACUAACAGAAGCAUUGGCCUAUUUGGUAUUGAAAUGGCUCAGCUACCGGUGUUAUUUUAUUAAUAAGUUUGUAACUAAAAACCUUGAGACAAGACAGGGUUUUUGCGUAAUUUGCAAAGUACGAGUGUCUGGAAUAAUCCCAUUGCCAUUUUUUUCGGUGUGCGGCACCUGUGCUACAUUUAUAGUUAGCAUUGCGUGCUGUCAAUAAAAUGUUUGAUGAA